AAAUGUAACAUGUUUCUCUGUUAUUUCUUUCUUUUCAAAUUUAAAUCUCAUUUAUUUAAUUAGGGCGAAAAACAUAAAACCUAUUUAUCAUCACCAUGGUCUAUUGUUAGUACACUACACAAACACAUAAUAACAUUGUUCCAACUCAUCUCUUCAGCUCUUUCAUCAAGUUUAGGAAAGACAUCUUUUAUUUUAUUUUUCAGAAAAGGAAAAAAAAAAGAAGAAAGCAUAUUUCGUUUCCCUUUCUGACUCCAUAGAAGAAAACAAAAUCAGAAAUUGACGUCCUACAUUCUGAGCAAUCUCUUUCUUUUUGUACCAUAAAUUUUCUGGGCUUCACAAAACAGAGUAAGCCCAUGUCUGUUUGUUUUACUUUUCCUCUUUUCGAACAACACCGUCCGACGUCGUUAGAACCUCAAUCCGGGGAUCAGAUGAAAUCUUUUGUCUCUAGAUAACUACUGUGCGAAUUUUCUGGCUGAGAAAAAAAAAUAAAUGAAGCAGAAUCGACAUGGACCGAGUCAAGACCCGCUCAAGGCGCACAACUUUUCCUGGUUACCCGAUAGAGCAAGCGAGUUAUUCGCUCUUCUAAUGCGAAUCGGACUCCUGGUUUGCCUCGUGGCAUCAAUUUCGCUCGCUCUCCAUUCGGCUUUCUGGGGUAGCUCGUCUCGGCGGUUCGCUUUACCGGACCGGACAACGAAAUUUCCAGACUACUCUGCACAAAACGACGACGUCACGGGACCCACCAACAUCUCACACGUUAUUUUUGGAAUCGGCGCUUCGGUGCACACGUGGCGAGAGCGCAGCCGUUACAGCCUUCAAUGGUGGGACCCCAACGCUACUCGCGGCUUCGUCUGGCUCGACGCGGAACCAAAACCUGACGUAAUAAAAGACACUGUUUCUAUUCCCUACCGAGUGUCGGAGGACUGGACCCGGUUCAAAUACUCCAGCUCACGAGCAGCGGUUCGGAUCGCCCGAAUAGUCCUGGAGAACUUUCGGGUCGGGUUUCCAAACGCGAGGUGGUUCGUGAUGGGCGACGAUGAUACCGUGUUUUUCGCGGAUAAUUUAGUUUCGGUGUUAGGGAGUUACGACCACACGCAGAUGUACUACAUCGGCGGAAAUUCGGAGAGCGUGGAGCAGGACGCGAUGCACGCGUACGACAUGGCGUUUGGUGGUGGUGGUUUCGCCAUUAGUCGCCCACUCGCGGCUCGCUUGGCCAAGAUAUUGGACGGUUGCCUCGACCGUUAUUAUAGAUUUUACGGCUCUGAUCAGAGGAUAUGGGCUUGCCUCAGUGAGCUUGGCGUGUCACUCACUCGCCACCGUGGGUUCCAUCAGUUGGAUAUUAAAGGAAACCCGUAUGGUCUUCUAGCAGCACAUCCAUUGGUUCCACUGGUAUCCCUGCACCAUCUUGAUUACUUGAAUCCCUUGUUCCCGGGGCAAACCCAAAUAGAAUCAGUGGAGACCUUAAUGAAAGCGUAUCGGGUCGACCCGGGACGUAUAUUACAACAAUGUUUUUGCUACGACAAGAAACGUAAAUGGUCAAUAUCUAUAUCUUGGGGCUAUACUUUGCAGAUUUACCCCUUCAUGUUAGCAGCUUCGGAACUUCAAAUGCCCUUGCAGACGUUCAAAACGUGGCGGAGUUCGAGUGACGGGCCUUUCACUUUCAAUACCCGACCCGUGAGCGACGACCCAUGUCAGCAACCGUUAGUUUACUUUCUGGAACGGGUCGAGGAGGUGGCUGAGAGUGGAACUAGGAGUAGUUUUUUGUUGUCUCUGAGCAAACAAGCCAAGAAAUGUAGAACGGAAGUGUAUAAGCGUGUCAUGGCAAUCCCAAAAGUUGUUGUUACUUCUAUGAAGAUGGACAAAGACUAUUGGAACAAGGUUCCUGUUAGACAGUGCUGUGAGAUUUUGGAUCAUGCAAGUGUAAAAAACGGGGUCAUGCAGAUUAGAAUUAGAAAGUGCAGACCAAAGGAAACUAUUACUUUUUAGAGAGAAAGAGAGAGAGAGAGCACUUUCAUAAUAUUACAGAAGUUAGUGCCUCAACCUCAAGUGAAUAUCUACUUUACUUCACACCACUAAAGAUGGCCUAAGUGCUCUUAGCACCACAGCACCUCGUAUAGGCUCUAAAUGUCUACAUCAAUUUGAAAUAUUGUCAUAUGUGACUUUUAUGACAGAAAAGGUGCUAAAGCUCGUGUAUAGGAUUGAGGUUGCUUACAUAUGAGAUGUAAUGGAGAAGGAAGGUAAGAAAAAGGAGCUUUCCUGUAGCUUUGAAAUCUCUACUUUAAGUGGUAUGUGACUUUAUUUUUGGGGAGAGAGAUGGUUAAAGAAAAGAAUAAUCAAAGAAUAAUUUAACUUAUUAUACUCUGUAAUGGCAUCUAUACUACACACUUGAAUUGUGGUCCUCGUUUAUUAUCACUAGGGAAUUAAUAGCUUAUACAGUGAAUUUUGGAUUAUAUGGUACUUUUUGUAAAGAUGAAAAUUAGAUGUUACAUGGUAUUUAUUUAGCUUAA